ACGGCCUAAUGGAACAACAAUAUUAUUUCGUGCGCAUGUGAUCAGUAUUAUUCUGGAAACUGCAAGUUUAUUGAGCUUGUUCAAUUUUCGCAGCGCUAUUGAUAUCAUAUUUGCUACCAACAGCUGCCAGUGCUCGAUUAUUUUACCUAUUUAUAUGAGAACCGCUUCUUGUCAGGUGAUCUUCUAGUUGGUCGUGUAUUUUCUAAGGCUAAAUGCAUAAUCGUUUAAAACAAAAAUUUAUCAAACUGGCAAUAGUUUCGAUCCUAUAUACAUGUCAGAAUGGUAGCGCAAGCCACGAUGCCGGCUGCUACCAAAUCGGUGUUUACUUUAGUUUCGGAGUAUUAGGUCAGAGUACUGGCAAUUAGUCCGCACAACAUGUGCUAGCAUAAACGCACGAUAUAAGAAGUGGCUCUGUAUAACCAGCAGAGUUGGCCUCACUGCCAACGCACGGAAACGGGGGUAGCGAGGUGCACUUUAUAUCGAAUAAAGACGUAUAGUAUGAGGUUGUUACAAGAAUGACAAAUUGUUUAGUUAUGUGACAAUAGGCGUGGAUUAGUUCGUUAAGCAUGGUCAAAAAUCACUAUAGUCAUUAAGCACAAAGAUCAGUACAAUACACAGAAACAGACUAAAAUUGCGCACAUCAUUUCUUGUCCCUAUAGCUUCAAAGAUUCAGGUGAAGAUGCAAACGAGUAUAGCGGAGUCGUGAACUGUCAUUUUAUAUAUUGCGUUGUUUGCUAUACCUCGUUACUGUUUACCUGGGUGAAGCUGCCGCGCUUCUUACGAUCGCCGGCAGAAUUUCGAAAUCAUCUCACGUACAGUGCCACCAUCGCAGAUUUAUCCUUCCGCUAUACGAGGAGGCUCACGAAGCAGCGGCCGUUUCGCGAUAGAAUCCUUGUAUCAAGCCAACAGCUGCCAGCAGCUGGUCGUCGCCUCUACAGCAUACGCUGCUGUGUACACUAUACAGUAGCUUCGCUCGGGAAGAAAUAAAGGAGGGAACUGAAGACGACAAUUAAAUGAAGCAGUGUGGCAUGUGACACAACGCAGACAACUACUAUUCCUGAUGCUGUCGUUGCAGCUACGUUCGAAGACGCAAGUCGCGCCCGGAUUCAUUGUUCAAAGCUAGCCAGUAUGACAGCGCAUUAUUUUGCGUGCGGAGACUUGUUGUUGACAUAAUUUCAGUGGAACUACUGAUGUGAAGAUUGCUGUGCCUAGUACAGCUGGCCACCGGUACGUUCGUCUGUAGCUCAACGAAGAGCGUCCUUAACUCGUGACUAUUCUAUUGGGUUGACUCUUUUGUCGUGUUGUCUGUCGCGCACACUGUCUAUCUCUACUCUUUCGUUGACUGCGUCAGAACGUCCCUGCUAUUUGCUAGUGAUAGACGGGGCUUGUCUCAUUUGUACUGCAAAACAUUCGCAGUAAGAGAGAACGCUGCCGUCGUUUGAAGACGUGUGUAUUUGUUCCUUGGGACGGAAGCGUCUUGCCGUAUACGCGAAUAAUACUGGCGUCAGCGGUGCUGUCUGCGGCUGUAUUAUUGUUGUCGUCGUGAGGAAAAUAUGAAUUCACCGCAAGAAUGUUGUCCAGGGUGAAAGAGUCGAAUUUGUAAAGCGGACGCAAACGAUCGCUAAGCGAUUUCGUAGUAAUCAGCCACAAUACCGUGUUUAUAUAUUCACAUAUGUAUGUUGAUUUUAUUCUAAAUCUACCGGACUUUUUCGUGGCGAAGAGGUGGCGUUGAGAAUUGGGAGUGUGUACAAUUAAGAGGCUAUAGACUUCCCGGUCGCAAUGGCAGAUAAAAUUCGCAAGUUUUUCCAAAAGAAGAAAAUUGAAAAACAAUUCAGAAAAGCUGGACCUGGCCAUAAGCUUUCAGAGGAAUCUUCGGUAUCGGGUUCCGGAUCAAGAACAGGCGGUGUCUCCGCGGCCUCAGGAUCCAACAUCCAUGGCAGUGUAUCUUCUGAGCUAAAUGCCCAAGUUUCUGAAACGGCUGCCCGCGCUGGGGCUGCAGCCCUCGCUAGGCUAAAUGCACAAAAAGAUGUAAACUUCUCGCUGUCGGCAAUUCGCGCUCAAGCUCUUAAAGAACUUGAGCUCGAAAAGCAACAACAAUCCGAAACCGCUGCGAAAAACGAACAGCUAAGGCAACAAGUGUUGCAUCAGCAUAAGGAGGUGCCUCCCCAGCUGACAAAAGAUGGAUCUGAAGGUUUACUCUUUCGUUGUCCUAUGAUAGGGUCACAGGCAUUGCCGAAGAAGGAACUUCGUGACGAAAUGAAGAAGUUCCUCAUGGAACAGCUAGAAGAGGAGCGAGGACUCUCAGCUGCCCUCAUAAUCGUUACCUGCAAUGAUGACAAGGGAGAAGCUAAGGUUCAGCAUUGUAUUGAAAAACUCUGCUUAAUUCUGGGUAAUAUUAUUGAACACCCGGACAACGUCAAGUUCCGUAAGAUCAAGUUUGCUAAUAAAAUACUUAUGGAAGCUGUAAGACCAAUUGCUGGAGCAAUGGAAUUUCUUCAAGCAGCUGGGUUUGUUAAGCAGACGCUUGAUGAUGGCGAAGACUACCUCAUUCUUAAAGAAUCGGCAGACCUUGACCUUUUACCGGCGUUACGGGAUGCCCUUGUUAGUGCGGAGCCGAUGGAGAUUGUGCUGGAUCGAAAUCUACGAGUCUUGAAACCCUCAAAUACCUCGGAGGGCUUGUCUGUUUCGGAUGACUUCUUUUCGUUGACACCGGAUGAGUUGGCACGCGAACAGGCUGCAAGAACUAGAGACGUUGAACUUAGAACCCAACUACGGACAAAAGCUAUGCGCGAUCGGGAUGCCAGACGUGAGAGUUUGUCGUAUAAGUAUACCUGUAUCCGAAUCCGUCUACCGAACGGUCUCAUUCUGCAGGGUACUUUUGAGGUCGCCGACAAGCUGUCUGAAGUGAUCAAGUUUCUUAGGGAGUGCCUACUCGAUUCGUUGGCCAACUCCCAUAUCGUGCUUAAAAAUGGCGCGAAUGCUUUAAUGUCGUGUGACGAGACCUUAUUGGACCUUAAGCUAUAUCCCGCCGUGGUGCUUAAUUGCAUCGUGACAGACGCGCCGUCCAUGUGUGAUUAUCUAAAAGCCGAACUCGUGGCGAUAGUUCAGCACAUCGCUCCUUGAUGAAGCAACCCGUGGUUUUUAGUAUACAAACAUUUACAGUAGAUCCGUUCGUUUUUGAAGCUAAAAAAUGUUGGUGUAUAAGCUCACCAAUUUGUGAAUUUGCUUAUAGCUCGCCUGGGCUGAAAGCAAAAAGAUCGAUUCAAUAAAUAUCUUGAGUCAGUCAAUCAAUCAUGUUUGUCGUAAAGAAGCGGAGGAAGCGUUUGAUUUAGUCUUCAUAAAAAAAUUGUAGUUACAAAAGUAGACCAAAGCACCAGCCCAUUCUAGACGAAUAUAAUUUAGUUAGGCAGUGUAUAUAUAUAUAUAUAUAUAUAUAUAUAUAUAUAUAUAUAUGACACGAAAGAAAAUAAAAGAAAAUAUCUCGAAGUCCGCACGAGCGUUAUUGGAAUGUGACUAAAUCGAUGACUUGAAUAGUUGCACAGAAUUCGAAUAUUUAUCUGUAAAACACGAGUUGUAUUAUUUCAUAGCUACUCGUAAAGAUAUUCUAUGGUAUUUAUACGAUAGCCGGUAUUUGUCAUAGCUAGAAUUCUUUGUCCAUAGCUUUUUAACUCCAGCCAUUUUUCAUGUCAUGAUCGCAAUGCCGCGCCCAUAUACAGUAAGACAGGGCUGAAUAAAGGCACCACCGAUUAUAAUAGAUAGGAAAAUCGGGCAUUUUUUUUAACAUUUUUUUGGAUACUGAAAAAAAUAAUUUUCAUUACGCCAAAGUACUAUUUUCAGUGACAGGCACAAACCGUGAAUUCGUAUUAGGCAGGAAGCAUUAAUAUACUGAGUAAAUAAUAAAUGUGACUUUCCACUACAGCUGCGAAAAAAAGUUAACAAUCGUAAUAUUAGAAAAAAACCAUAGGGAAUUAUUUUAUAGAGACUUUACGUCCCUUUCGCUACUAACGGUACAUUCUUUUUUACCAAUAAUAAUAGCUGAGUGAGCUUCUCAAUGAAAAAAAGUGCAUAAUAACAAUAUGAAUAUGUUUCGAGUGUUACGUCGUUUUCAUUUCAUAUGUUACUUCAUAUUCAGAAUAAUAAUAUCAGGACAUUUAUAGAAUUAAAACAAAAACUAGCCAAGCUGGUGUAGUUUUGCCGAAGCGAAGCACUGAAGUAGAACUGGUUUCUCUCGAUUGAUCUCUUAAAUGUUACUUGUAACUUACGAUUUUAUCGAAAUAUCAGACCUGUCAGUUUUUUUUAUAAUACGUAACACGUAAUAAUCUAUCUAUAAAAAAGCACCGAACACGAGAAAGACACGGAAGACAAAGUAAUGUUUAGCAAAAGGUAGUUUAGCGAAUACAUGAAAAAUGGUUAUAUAUUACUAGCUUAUUGGUAGACGCGCUUUGCAUAGACCUGACGAUAGAAGCACGCUACUAAUUGUUGGACCUUUAUUAUAGCUUAAAUAAUUAAACUAUAUAUUAGAAAUAAUUAUAUUGUUGAACUAUCUGAAACAAAUCUCAAUGACGACCUUCUUCUACAGAUCGCACUGGUGAAGACUGAAAGUCGAAGUUAUAAGAGAAAGAUAAAACCAUAUUUUCUCUAGCUCUAAACAAGAAUAUAUAAUGAACCCGUGUUUUUGCUUAAGACACGUUACCACACACAGUUAACUAGAUCAAUGCCUAACUUUCCGGUAUAACUUGCGAGCUACUUAUUCGUCGGAAAAAUGAUUUAUCCAGCGGAGUUUUUAUACUGCGCUCGCGCCUAAACGGAAAAGAAUAUCGCACUUAGACUGAUAUGGCUCAGAUUGAUACAAACAGCAAAUGACAGAUGAUACCAAAAAGAUGUAAAAUGUGACAAUGAUAGGAAAACUUGCCACUUGGAGGUCGUCUGGAAACGAAGCGGGCGCUUCUACCAGACGUUGAGCAAAAGUUCGCUGGCGUCGGCUUGCAUAGUUGAUUCGCGUCUGAAGUCUGAAGCACUCUGUCCAACUAAUUCGACAAUGAAAGUUAGAAGCAAUCGCAAUAUGUCCCGCACGUCAAAUUGAACCAUUUAUUUCCGCCCGAGAGACGAUAAUGUGAGGCUACCAAUUAAGCCAUGUACAUCUCUCAGUUUCAUUCGUAAAUAAAGUUCGAGCGCUUUUGGGUGUUUGAGUGUGUUUCUGUGUGUGUGUGUGCAUUCAAUUAAAAUAUUAGCAAAAAACGUGUUUUUAUUUCAGCUUUUGGUGUUGUUUUCAUGCAGUCAAAUUACGGAUAUCGCUUAUUACGGGUUUACACAUUAUGUGUACGCCAGCUCUGGGUAACUACCGCAUGCAGCUUGUACAAAGCACAGGCUGAGGGGCUCAAGCCAGAUACCUAAUUUGCGUUUUUCUCGAUACAGACUUUAUGCGUAGUACAGCAUUGCACAGUUUUAGUUUGGAAAGUGUUGUUUAUUAAAUAAAAUAACUAGCUUAUUUUGACAAUAUUCGGUCACAUCCUUACAGUGCGUAAGACGCGUAAAGAGCAGAACAUUGGCUCGACGUACUUCGCAUAUACGUAAAUUUGUUAUGCUAUCCAGUUGGCUUUUCUGGCCACCACUAUGUGCGUGGUACGAAAGUAAUCCGUAACGUAUACCAAGUAGAAAAAAAAAAGCUUUUUUAAUAAAACCGAGAGUUGAACUUGCUUACCUGUAGAGUGGCUGAACCGAACAUUCGUUUUGAUUUUUCAUGACCUACUUAAACAAGAACUAGAGCAGUAACUCGAAAUAUUUACACGUUGCCUAUGUCCGGAGUAAUGCUAGGGUAACACAAAUGUAUUUCAUAAUUAUGUUGUUAUCGAGAUCAACAUUUUUAGAGUGCAAUCAAAACUUCCGGUGUCUCGAUUACGAUUAAUCUUACUACAAUGUAUGAAAAAGAAAAAUGGAGUUUCUUUAUGGAAUCUUUCUACUGAGACCAAAUUUGAAAUCGCUCAUACUGAAAAAAAAUCAAACUUCUAGGUUGAUUUUAUAUUUCUGUUAACGCCAUAUGGAAACGAACAAAUCCAUAGUAUUCCCUGUGUUACUCCUCGGCAAAUGCACUUCGCUUAGCCAUUUUCUGCACAUGUGAAAAACCUGCACAUAUAACUUAUGUAUCGACUGUAGGCCACAGGGUACAUAUGGAGUAUCGCCGGGCAAGCUUUGUCACACGACUUUCAUGUCAGACAUAAUUCGUUUAUCAUUUUUUAGUCAAUUUAAGCUAUUUAAAAUUAAUGAAAAAUGCAAAAUGUUUAGCAAACUGAGACAACCUAUAUUUCGACAACUAGGCAUUAAAGAAAAAACUGAAUCCCAUUACCCGGGUAUUAUUCAGAAUGUUGACUAUUUAGACGAAAAAAGAAACUAGUCAGGCAAAUCGGAGUGUUUGAUUAAUGUACUUUUGUUUUUCUGAGUAAUCUUAUCUCACUGACCUUGUACAAAAAUAAAAAAAUACUGUUUCACAGUUGAGCUUUAUUAACUAGCCUAUGUUCAUUGCGGUAUUAUCAAGUGUUCGAUAGGGCUAAUUUUGCUUCUUUUGUGCGUUU